AGUUGAGAAUGAGCUUGUGGGAUUCACUUCUCGGUGGCGGGGCGACGGAGGGACACCCGUACGACCUGGCGCCGUGCUCUUCCAACACCGUUUUUUCAAUCCUCAACGUCGGAGCGGCCGGUGCGAUUUGGGGUUUAUGCGCCGGUCCCCACGAAGCUCGUGAAUACGGCCUGACUGGAAUAGACCGAGCUAGUUUUGUGGCAAAAAAUGUUGCCCGCUAUUCCUUUCAAUAUGCAAUCAUUGCUGGAGUUGCUACUGCUUCCCACUGUAAGAUUCGAAACCAUCGCGGAAAGGAUGAUUGGGUUAAUGGUGUGAUUUCUGGGGCUACGACGGGGGCGGCCUUUGCUGCUUUAUCAAGAAGCUGGAAACAGAUGAUUCCCGCAGCUCUUGUUAUUUCUGCCAUCAAAAUACACUCCGACUAUGGUAGAAGCAAUGUGAAGAUGUGACUGGCGAAGCAAGGUUGUACUCUUCCUAAAUUUUUGUGUAGAUUGACAAUCAUGAUUAGCAAGUGAUCAAUUCAUUUAUUGAUUCCGUUAUCAUUCUCUAUAUAAAAAUAGUAGCAGAAACUCCAAAGAAAUACGUUUUCCUGUUUUUCUGUAAAUCAUUUGCUCCAAAGCUACCAUAUAGACUAGUUUU